AUGAAAAGUGGAAAAAGAAUAGUUUUAUUUACAUUAUUCGCCAUAAACUUGGUCGACCAGCCAGCGCCCGAAGUGAAAAUUGAACAAGGUAUUUUGAGCGGUAAAGUCAGUGCAGAUGGGUCAUAUUUUGAAUACAUUGGUAUACCUUACGCUUCUACUAAUAGCAGCACGAGGUUCAAGGCUCCGCUUCCACCUACGUCAUGGAAUGGAGUAUACAGAGCAGUUGAUGAACAUUACCAAUGUCCACAACCUUCUAUAUUUGGAGUAAUAGGAAUGGAAGACUGCCUAAAGAUCAAUGUUUACGUACCAGUCAAAGCCAAAAAACCUUUUCCCGUCAUGGUUUACAUUCAUGGAGGAACUUAUAUCAUUGGAAACGGUGGAAAACUUUUAUACGGACCUGAUUUUUUAAUCCAUCAAGACGUUAUUUUGGUCACUUUUAACUAUAGACUUGGGGCAUUAGGAUUUAUUUGUCUUGGUAUUAAAGAAGCACCUGGCAAUGCAGGGUUGAAGGAUCAAAUUGCUGCUCUGAGAUGGGUUAGGAAAAAUAUUGCGGCGUUUGGUGGAGAUCCAGAUAAUGUCACUCUUUUUGGGCUGAGCGCUGGAGCAACCUCCGUGUCAAUGUUGAUAGCUAGUAACGCUACUAAAGGUUUGUUUAAAAGAGCAAUUUUACAAAGUGGAGUGUCUACCUCAAGCUGGGCAGUUAACCGACAACCGUUAUUCACUGCUAGUCUGGUGGCAAAAGAACUUGGCUAUGAUACUGAAGAUCCAAAAACAAUGUAUGAUAUAUUCUCUAAAAUACCAUACAAAGAUUUAAUAGCCGCUAAGCCAAAGAAACCAAUAGGGAAAUACUUCGAUUUUCAAUUAAUACAUUAUCCAUGUGUUGAAAAAGUGAUUGACGGCGAAGAAGCCGUGAUGACUGAUUUACCUUAUAAUUUAUUUAAUAAGAAUUCAAAGAACAUAUCUGUGAUAUAUGGGACGACGAGCAAAGAAGGAGUUAUUCUAUUGCCAGAAGAGACGGAAGAUACAUUGAGAGAAAGAGACUCAAAAUACAUAUUUUCACCUGACUUAAACUUUCCUUCAGAGGACGAAGCUGCAAAUCUUUCAAGUGCAGUAAAAGAAUAUUACUUUGGUCCACGAAAUAUUAGUUUUAAAGCGCAGAAAGCUUUAUUAGAUCUCAACACACAUUUAUAUUUUGAAAUGCCCACUUUAUUGGAAUCUGAAAUAGUUAUGAACAAAACCAACGCUCCUAUCUAUAACUACUAUUUUAAUUAUUCUGGAGGAAGAAACUUCUUGAAGUAUAUUUCAGGUUAUAAUGACGAGCCAGGAGCUUGUCAUGGCGAUGAAAUCAUGUACUUGUUCAAAGGAAACGCUUGGCCGUUUGCAAUUAGUAAAAAAGAUCAAACUAUGAUUAACUGGAUGACGAGAAACCCUACUCCUCCUACAAAUGACCUGCCCGUCCAAUGGAGUCCGAGUACCAAAGGAAAUAUGACGUUCCUGUAUAUAGAGGAUGAGCUGAAAAUGGGUCCUCUCCCCAAUCCAGAUCCCUAUAGGUUUCAGGCACCACUACCUCCACCAAAAUGGGAGGGAGUAUACAAGGCCGUGGAUGAAAUGUAUCAAUGUCCACAACAUCCAAUCGGUUUACCUAUUAAAGCAGUUGGUUCAGAAGAUUGCCUAAAAAUCAACGUGUACGUUCCGGCAAAGACUAAAGGACCACUGCCUGUCAUGGUAUACAUUCAUGGUGGUGCUUACGUUCUUGGAAAUGGUGGAAAAAUGGUAGUUGGACCAGAAUUCCUCGUUAAGCAAGAUGUCAUAUUAGUUUCUUUCAACUAUAGACUUGGAGUAUUAGGUUUUUUAUGCUUACAUACUCAAGAAGCACCCGGUAAUGCCGGCCUAAAAGAUCAAGUUGCGGCUUUACGCUGGAUUAAGAAAAAUAUAGCCGCAUUCGGUGGAGAUCCAGAUAAUGUUACCAUAUUCGGAACGAGCGCUGGUGCAUCUUCCGUAUCUUUUCUUGUUGCCAGCGAAACAACUAAUGGUCUAUUCCAACGAGCGAUUUUGCACAGUGGAUCAUCUUUAGCAAACUGGGCCAUAAGCUACGAUCCCAUAUCCGUUGCAAGAAACAUUUUAAAAAUAUUAGGAUACGACACAAAGGACCCAAAGGAAAUGUACGAAAUAUUUUACAGAUUACCAGUGAACGACAUAGUUAUGUCAACGGCACAUAGCCCUAUACCGCAUCUUUUAUCAAAUCACUUAAUAACGUUACCCUGUGUGGAGCAAAAUAUUCCUGGCGUGGAAUCCGUAAUAACUGACCUUCCUUAUAACCUUAUAACUAAAAAUACAAAAAAUAUAUCUUUAAUGUACUCUUCUUCUGAUCAAGAAGGAUUGUUCUUCGUUGACGUUGAUACCAAAGAAACGUUAGAGGAGAAAAAUAAACGUACUGUUUUUGGAGAUGACUUAGUUUUUAGGACUAAAGAUGAAGAAGAUAAAAAUGAUCGUGAAAUAAAACAGUAUUAUUUUAAUGGAGAGCAAAUUAGUGAAAGGAACAUUCUAAACUUAUCAAAUUUAUAUUCACAUUUGUAUUUUGAGAUGCCUGUUACAUUUGAGGCGGAGAUAAUGGCAAAGAAGAUCCCUGUGUAUAGUUAUUAUUUCACAUACUCUGGUGGGCGCAACUUUGUUAAGUUCACUACAAAGUUCAAGAAUGAAAUUGGAGCUUCCCACGGAGAUGAUAUAUUCUAUACAUUCCAAGGAACAAUCUUGCCAUUCAGAGUUAACAAUGAUGAUCAAAAAGUAGUAGACUGGUUGACAAGAAUAUUAACCAAUUUUGCCAAAUAUGGGGCAGUUAUAGUGGCUAAAGAGGAAAAAGAGCGCGAGAGGUGGUGGGUGGUGGUGAUCUUCACAACGCCCCAGCCUCCGUAG